CGUCUCUAUCGCUUACUACAAAUCGGUAUUAUUUUGCAUUCCGUUUCAGAUCUUCUGGUAAAUAGAAGAACGUGUAUCGAUAUAUUCAGACAUACAUAGUGCCUUCAACUCUCGCCAUUUGACGUCACGGCUGUUCACAUUCCUCGCGUUCGUGAAAGAAACAAUGUUGACCAACGACAAGCCUGCGAUACAGGCUGCUCCAGAUCCACAAGAAUGUUCCCUUCAAAACCCUAAAUUCCAGCAGUUCCAAGAAGACAGAUUCCGAUUUACUCCUGUCAAGGUCCUGAAGCCCGCCCCUCGCAUCUGGGAUCGCCAACCGUCGACCCCGUUUCUGGCGCGUCCCAGAUCGCGCAAGGUGUGGAAGCGCUUCCGCUCCUCGUUUAACAGUAUGAAGGCGCUGCAGCAAUUGAUUGCUUCGCAAGGUGGUCUCGAUGAUCGCGACAACCUAUACACCGAAAUCAAUACGUCGCGAAAUGAGGACUAUAUCCGCGGCGUCAAGAGACAGUGCCUUGGGCAUGAUUCGGAGGAUGAACUAGAGGUGAAGGCAUCCCGGGGGCGUUCUUUCCUUGAGACGAAAUGGGAGUCAGAGGCUAGUGGAAGAAGACGCAAAUAUCCCGCGUAUAAUGGUCUCGUGGACGUCUCCGAGCCUAUGAUAGACGAAGGAUCCAGCGGCAACAACAUGACUUAUGAACACACACACGAUACGGCCACGUCAAGAGAGGAAAUUUUACCGAAUCCGGUUGAAAGGGACGAAUCGUUGAUUGUUAACCCAAACAGCCCUACAAGAUUGGCUACUACCGCAGCCUAUCCCCGCACGCUACAUGUUUCACCAAGUGGGAUGGAUGGAACCACUCCCGAUAUAAAGGGCGCUGAUGACAUCGAUCAACCCCAGGAUAAUCUGCUUUAUCCCAUCUCUCCGGAAGCUGGUCAUCCAGCGGGUGUAGAGGAGCAAGGAUACGAUGCAACUUUGGAUGCCACUAUGAGAGAUGAUCUACAGUCUGGACAAUUUGAAUCACGGACCUCUACGACAGUAUCUUCAGAUGAUGUGCUGCAGGAGACGGACGUCACAGAACCGCCAGCAACGGCACCCGUGCAGGUGUUGACUGCAGAACAGGAGUCAACUUUGGUUCGGUCGGCACUACGGAGCUCAUUGGACGGAGAGGAUGCCGCGUUGCUAAACAACUUCUUGUCUAAGGCGAAAGCCAAACGUGAGGCCAAAGCAGCAGCAGCAGCAUCAUCAGCUAUGGUGACGCCAGAUGUGGAGGAGAAGGCCGAUCCGGAAGUCUUGGAGAUCCCCGAUAUUCCCACCCCGCAAGGCCGCCGGGUCUUGGAGGAUUUGGAUGCCAAUUCACCCUCGCCGCAGAAAGCCCAGUUGUCGCCAUCCAAGGUUCCUGGUAAGGACAUUGACGCAGAUGAAGUCCAACUGCCCUCUAGUCCCCGUCGAAGCACCCGAACCCGUAGUGUCAAGUCCACUCCCCGGACGACUACUACGACUACAGCGGCUCGCAACACCUUGACGCUUCGCCGUGCCAAAGGAACCGAGUUCGUCUUUCUGAAGCGGACUGAAGCGCAGGAGCUGGCACUCACCACUCGUCGGAACACACGACAGAACAAAGGAGAUGCGAUGUUACCGAAGUACAUGCUACAGACUCUGGCUCAUCAAUCAUCAGAUUCCGAGUCACCUUCCGAUGACGACAAAUCUGCAGGCGAUCCCGGUCGACGACGGGCAUCGGCAAAAAGGGUGUCAUGGAACGACGAUCGACUCGUUGAGUACGAAGGUGAGCGUGGAGUGGGGAGUAGCGACGAGGUUACUAGCCAGGGAGGGAAAUCUAAAACAUCCGAGAAAAGAAGGGCAGCCAGUAGCCGCACUACCCGUUCACAGGGCUCCUCGAAGACUGAUGGUGGUGACACGGUGCCGAUUGCAUCGACUACUGCAGCUACUACUGCAACACCUCGAGCGCGGCGUGUGCGGCGGCUGGGAACACCGAAACCUACUGCAGCCGUGGAUGCCAGUGCUUCACCGUCCACCAGAAUGAGUCCGCCUGAAACGCGCAAGAAGCUGGCACCCAAGUCACCCCGGACAGCAUUAGCGGGAAGUAGUGCAUCCAAAAAGGUUUCCAGUGUGAGCACCCGGAGUGACACUCGAGCGUCAUCAGACAGUAGCUCGAUGAAAAGCUCCAGUCUUUUCAAGGCCCAUGCCGGGUCAACCCCGAUGCCAAGGCGAGUUCGAUCGCGACCUUGACGGACCGUCUGAGCACUUUUAACGUAUCUUUCAUUGAAGGCUAUUUUUCGGCUUGCUCCCUUGGUACAAAGUGUAAUAGAUUGUGUACCGCAGGGCUGUAAAUAAAAACAAACAAACCCCUGUUAAUAUUUGAUUCGACCAUUAAUGAUGUCGGGAUUUGGGAAAGGCGUUAGUUUGAAGACAUUUGAGGGUGUGAUUUCGUUGAUCUUUCUCUCUUUUUCUUUUCUUUUUUUUAUUUGUUUUAAUUACUGUGCUUGUCAAUUGACAACUCUCUGGGGAGACAUGAAGAGAAAUCCGGGGGAUAAUGGAGAAAGACGCCGCACAGAGCUUUUGAUCUGCAUGUGAAUUCCAUGACUACCUCCGAUGUAAACUUCACCCUUUUCCCCUCAAUUUUGAAUCCUGAUACUUCAAGGCCUCGGGCCCUAUAUUGCCGAUCAUUGUCAGAUCAACUCUCAAGGUCUCGCUUAACCUCCUUCAAGGGACUUGUUCUUUCAGGUGAGCAUUGAUUGUUCCCUGUCCGGGACCGAGUCUUCCCGUAGGAGGGGCUGAGUAUGUGGGAUCGUUC